GACAAUACUUUCGUACAAUCUAAACUGUAAAAAUAUUCUCAUUUAUGUGUUUCCAUGUGUUAAAUCGAUCCUAAAGUCUAAACAUUUAUUAUGAUUUCUAAUUCUAUUUGUCACCAACAAAUUUUGAUACGAAAUAUUCUUAGAUAUAACCCUUUCAUUGUGUAAGCUGUAAAAGAUUUAUUGAACUAAAUGGGCUUAGUACAGUCAAUAUUUUGUUCUGUUAUAUUCUGCAUCGAAAGGGUCUUAACAUGGACUUGCUGUGCUUUUGUCUUGAUGUUAAUCAUGUUCACUAUAAUUGUACUGAUGGUGUACGGUAUAUCGGUCGGUUACCAUUACGCCCAAAAGGAACUGGCGUCGUUUGCUAUGUCGUCAAGAACAACAACCCCGCCGGCUGUUUUAAGAGCUGGACCUGAAAGAGGACCCAUCGUGAGACUGGUUGCUGUGAACAGAACUGAAGUAGAACACGCGCCGCAACCUAUUCUUGAGGUAUACCAGACAAGGAAACCAGGAGAAAAAGUUUAUUUGGAAACGUCACAAACUCCAGUUGUGCUUUUGGAAACGGAAAGGCCACCCAAGCAGCCGCAAUUCUUACCACAUGAACGCGACUUAGCUCGGCGGCUGAUCGGACGUUUUCGACGUUCUAAAAACAACACGUCAACUGUUUCUUUCUUCAGAGCACUAAAUAGCAGCGAGCCCGCAUUAAUCCAUUCGAUUGCUUGAAAUAUCUCCACGUCUGAUGAACUGGCGACGCUUUUUCCUAUUGUUUGUUGCUUUGUUUGCUAUUAUUUUAUAUAUUCGUUAAUAUAUCUGUAGAUUUAUUUAUAUUAAUGAUAAAUUGUAACAAUUGUGAAAUCAAUAAAACUUUUUUAUAAUGUAAUAA